AUGGGUAUUUCAACUGUAGGAUACCGUUCGUCAAAAUACAACCCUGCAGAAUGGCAUGAAACUAAUUACAGCAAAUAUUAUCAAUCAUUUGUGGAUAGGGAUGGUUCAGAAAAGGUUAGACAUGUUUCAAUACAAACAUCGAAAGAAGCAGAAGCCACAACUAACAAAAGACAGGCUGCUGUUACAAAAAAACUGAAUGAAAGAGUUCAUGACAUCAACUUCUGGAAGAUGGAAAUUGAGAAAGAAAUAAGUGACAUCAUCGCAGAAACAGAUCUACAAUUGGCACAAAAGAAACGUUUAGAAAAUGCUCUGAGAGCGACAGAAAUUCCUCUCCACAUAGCCACUGAUAAUUUGAACUGUAGACAGAGAAGACAAGGUGUUGACAUGGUUCAAGAUGAUGUAGAAUUGGCUUUGUUGAAGGAAGUAGAAAUAAUCAAUAAUGUACAAGAUCUUAUCAGAAGAACAAUUUCCCAAGCAGAAAAACAGAUAGCGUUAAAUAGAGAUGCUAAACAGAAUUUGGAAAUGGAUUGGAGUGAUAAGAAAGAAGCCUUAGAGAUAGAUACCAGAGCUGCCGCAUUAAGAAAUCAUCACACCAAUAAACAGUUUUAUCCUGGUGCAGCCAAGUUUGAGGAAAUUCAAUCAACUCCCGAGUCUUGGGCCCAGUUUUCCCAUGAUAAUAUUGUACGAGGUGAACAUGAAAGAAUGGCUUCCAUACAGUUACGUACUAUGAUAGAUAAUAUCUUAGAAGAUACUAGUAGAGAUAUGAGAGAACAGUGUGAUACUGUAGAUUCAGCUCUACAGAAACGUGUUGUAGAGGUAGAAGAUGCUAAAGUAAAGUUAGAAGAAAAUCUUGGCAAGGUAUGUGAUGAAAUUGCUAGCCAAGAGAAGAAUAUUGAAAUGCUGAAGAAAUCUAUCCGUGAUAAAGAAGAUCCAAUGAAAGUUGCACAAACACGACUCCAUAACCGUUCAUUCCGUCCUAAUGUAGAAUUAUGUAGAGAUCCUGUGCAAUACGAAUUGGUUGGCGAGGUUAAUGAAAUAGCACAAUCUAUUGAUGCCCUACAUUCCAAAUUAAAUGCUGCUGAAAAUACUUUGAAAGAUUUACAAGAUAAUCGUAUGGGAUUGGAGAAGGAAAUAUCCAACAAGAAAAAUAGUUUGUUUAUUGAUAGAGAGAAGUGUAUGACCCAUCGUACACGAUACCCUACUACUCUUAGAUUACAAGGAUAUCAGUGA